UUCAAAUCGACGGGUGACUUCUCACUGUAAUACCACUCUGCGCACAUUCUUUUCCAUAUAUACAUACUAUUAUUAAUAAUAGASAGUACGUGUCGAAGAUAUCAUAAUAAUACACAUACCUGAAGUAGAAAUCGUGAUGACUCGAACGAACUACCUGGUCGUCUGUGUUAUGUUCAUCGCAGCAUCGCCACUGCUGACGCCGCCGGUGGCUGGCGUCAGCAGCCUGGGUGACGCGCUGGUGCAGGCCAACGCCAAAGGAUUUCCAGCCGGCCUCCUGUACAAUGUGGCCGGGCUAGAGGGCCGUUCGGCCAACGAAAAGGAGCUGCUGGCCGCGGCCCUGGAAUCGCCGAAGGUGCAACAGGACGCGAGGAAAGCAGCACUCGAAUAUGCGGUCAAGGAUGUGCCGACGGGCCGCGAGAACACGGAAGGAUACUGCUCGUACUCAUGGCUGAGAUGGUUGCCAUUCAUGGACUGCGAGGUGGCGGUCACCGAGGUCCGACAGGCUAUUCAACUCAUCAACAACAAGCGGAACUGUAUACGGUAAACAAGCGUCGAGCUCACAAUGCCAUGGUCACAAUUUAAUAAAAAUAUAAAUGUAUACAACAAAAAACGUUUUGGCACUAAUUUUUAUGUUU